ACGUCACGUCACACUCCCGACAACUUUUGACGACCACGAAAAACGAACGCGAUGCCCGCCCCAACGUCGUCUCCCGGCUUGCUAUCACCAAUUCCAGCCCUAUACUUGUACCCUCUGAAUGAUUCGUUUGUACCGAAGCAUAUAUCACUACAGUCGAGGGUGAAGAUUGGACGUCAGACGAAUGCAAAGACGACACCUGGAGAGAGGAAUGGCUAUUUUGACAGCAAGGUCUUAAGUCGACAGCAUGCCGAAGUGUGGGAGGAUAAUGGCAAGAUAUUCAUCAAAGAUGUCAAAAGUUCUAACGGGACCUUCAUUAACGGCGAACGACUGAGCCCUGAAGGUGUGGAGAGCGAGAAUUUCGAGUUGAAGAGUGACGAUAUCGUCGAGUUUGGAAUCGAUAUUGUCGGCGAGGAUAACAAAACAAUCGUGCAUCACAAAGUAGCUGCCCGAGUCGUGUGCGUGUAUACGGAGCAGGAUGCAAUGGUUGCUGCACGGUCAGAGCAGGCAUCACAUUCAUUAGGGCCCCCCCCAGUAUCCUCAUUUAACACACCUGCACCCCCCGGACCUGUAGCAGGACGGCGACCGGGCGGGCUACAAGCCAUGGGAAUGGGUGGAAUGGGUGGGAGUAUGCGCCCACCCGGGAAGAGUGGUCUGACUUUCGAGCAUAUUUUGAGCAGAUUGCAGGGGGAACUCCAGAAGAGCCGGGAAACUGGGGCGGAGCUAGGGGCACUAACGGGCGCUAUGGGGGACAUCGGCGAGGUGUUGGGUGGCGGGGCGGGAAGUGCAAUGCCGGUGAACGGUGCUCUACCUCCGGUCCGGCCUCCCGUGCAGGUGGUCGAGGAGCGUGCAGAAGAGAAGGAGAAGGAGAAAGAGAAGAAACGGGAAGAUGAAGGUGCAGCGGUCAUGGGUGAGGUCCAGAAGCAACUGGCUGAUACCCAGCACGCUUUGGAUGUCCAUGUGGAGAAGGUCAGGGAACUAGAAGAAAAACUGAAAGAGCAGGAAAAUAUGUGGCGAGAGAUUCGUAGUAUGAUUGUCGAUGGCAUGAACAAGCGAAACGAGGUCGACGACGAUGAAGAUGAUACACAAAGUGUCACUACGGUUACGGAGAGAGAACUUGAGACGGUCGAAGAGGUUGACGAGCGUGAAGAAGAUGAGCCACCGCAGGAGCGAGUUCGCCCCAAGACGCCGGAACCAGGAAUGAUGGACACGACGAAUACAAGACAUGACUGGUCUUCCGUUAUUGACGAGCUCAGCCUCAAAGUAGGACGGUUAACUGACCAGCUAGCUGGGACACUCGAAAGCGCGGGCGUACUACGGGCCCAGCAUGAAGCCGCACAAGACGUUAUUCGUGGUCUUGAGAAGAAGGUUGAACGAUUGGAGGGUCUGCUCACCGAGCGGGACAACGAGCGGGAGGAGCGGGAGCGCGAACGUGCUGGUCGAUGGGAGGAUAUAAUACGUCGAGUAGAGGAGAUCGAGCGGCGGCAGAAGGAGGAGAAGAAACCAGAGGCAGAAGUUGUCAAGGUCUUCCAGGGUGACGGGCCUCCGAGUCCUCGAACUUGAGUGCCCCGCCGCCAAACGACACGGAAGUGGAUGAGGACGGAUACGUAAAGGUGGAGGAUCAGCCAAAAAAACAGAAAUUCAAAGAGACCAAGGGCAGGCAGGAGAUGUUGACUGCCUUUGGUGUGCUUGUGGUUGGGCUUGCGGUCGCUGGCGUGG